AUGCUUGGGACAAACGUCAUCGCGACGAAAACCCCUCAGCCGCUACACAUAGCGCUGGCGAUCCUGGUGGUGCUGGUGUGGCUGACGAGACCUGGGUCCGGAAGCAACCUAAGGGGAUGGAGGGCGCUCUACGUCACGGCCGUUGCUACGCACCUCGGCGCCCAGAUAUGGAUGACACUAGUUUCUGGAAUAGUGUUGUACUUCUCGCUGCCCCGUCACGAGUUCGGCCGCGUGCAAACGGUCCUGUUCCCUGUGUACUACGCUUUCAACGCGACCGUCAGCCUACUGGCACUGCUGGCGUACUUCCGCACCCAGUCCCUCACACAGUUCCAGCACACUUCCUGGGUACAGCUAGCGCUUCUGUUAGCCGUGUUCAGCAUAGAGGCAUACGUUCGCCUGCGUCUCGUGCAGCCGAUGCUGCGAGCCAAGCACGUGAAGACACAGAUGGAGGAGGCGGCGGGCGGGGGCCAGGAGGUCGGCCGCUUGAUCCUCGGCGAACUGGCCCAUUGUCCGCGCUAUCUCCGCGUCCUUAAGACCUUCCGUGCCUUUCACUCCACGAUCGCAAUGGGCACCAUGAUAACUCUCGGUUGCUCGUUCUACUCCACAAUGAUACUCGUAGACUCCAUGUGCCAU